AUGGCAACAAGCAUUCAAUCAACAAAACAUAGCGUUUCAUCAAACUCGAUCAGUCGUACGUCGGCACGACUGUCGCGACGUUUGAAGCCUGACCUCUACCGCUUAGCAACUUUUCGAACGUGGAAAAAUAAUACACAAUGCAUCGUUUCACCAGCGGUACUCACGAAGGUCGGAUUUGCAUAUACUGGUAAAGGUGACAAGGUGCGCUGUGAAGCUUGCGGGCUGGAAAUCGAAAAUUGGAAACCAGGCAUGGAUCCAAAGCAAGAGCAUAUGAUGCAAAAACCUGAAUGCCCAUUCGUUCUUGAUCAACAAGAAUUAUUUUCAAAGAAUGAUCAGCCAGUUUCAUUUAUCAAGUCAGCAAUUAACCAAAAUCAUGUCAAGAACUCCGACUACCGAGGUUUCAUGGAUCAUGGCGGCGGCGAUACGAACAAUAGAUCUAUUGAAAAUCGAUUCAUUUUCUCUCUGUCCACUGAAAUUUUGGAUAAAGCUCGCACGUACACGUUAUCAAACUGGCCAUCUAUAACACCAAGCGCUCAAGAAAUGACUUAUGCAGGCUGGUGGUAUACUAAUAUAGCAGAUCGAGUGAUAUGCAUUCAUUGUGAUGUUAUGUUCCACAAUUGGAAUGAAAGUGAUAGACCUUAUGAAAUUCACAGACUUAAAUCGCCUAACUGUUUUUUUGUUCGUACCAACGAACAGAGAGCAACAAAUACACAACAGCAAUUACCCUUACCUAUCGUAACAGCCAACGAUGUACCUAACGCCCAGACGGUGGUCGGAGCCGUGCACGCUGAUUAUGCAGUCCUAUUUCGUAGGCAUCAAACCUUCCAUAAUUGGCCAGAAGCUGAAAAAACAUCGCUACCAUCAGUAGAGUCCUUCGUCGACGCAGGAUUUUUUUAUACUGGAGAAAAUACUGUUGUCCGAUGCUUUUAUUGCAACGGAGCCUUAAGAAAUUGGCAAGCAUCAGACGAUCCGAAAAUUGAGCAUGCCCGCUGGUUUCCACAGUGUGCUUAUAUUCGACAGUUUAUAGGUGAAAACCUGUAUCAGGCUAUACAGCGGAAAAAUCGUGAACUACGAGCGCAACAGAAUCUACAAGAGAGCAACAGUGGCGAGAAUUCCCUGUGUACACCAUGGACAAAUGAUGAAAUCGAUCGAAUGGUUAAAGCUCGUCUUGACUUACCAGUUGUAGAGAAACUCCGACAAGAAAACUACAGCAUGGCUAUUAUUCGAAAAGUGUAUGAAAUGCAGUUACGAUUCAAAAAAGACGAUUUUAAAAGUGAUGUUGACCUUCGUAUUGCCUGUCUCAUUUUGGACAAACAGGUUAAGUUAAUCAAUGGAAAUGAAGCAAACAUACUUGUUCCGCAAAAUUGGAUGAACACUUACAUAGAAGCUCACAGGCCCAACAGUGAACCAAGACCAGCCGCUACAAAACAAAUCACCAUAGUGCCAAAACUCGAAUCUUCACAAGUGAUUGCAACCAUUGCGCCACGAGCACGAUUGAUGACUAAAACAGAAGAACCAACUCUUUGUCUUCUUUGUCUUAGCACCGAACGACAAGUUGCAUGCUUGCCCUGUGGUCAUUUAACCAGUUGCGUAGCAUGUGGACAUAGCUUGAAAACUUGUCCUAUUUGCCGAGCAGCAGUAAAGGCCUUCGUCCGUAUAUACACUUAA